CGGGCUCUGUGAUGCGCGCUUUCUGUAUAUCAGUGUCACAGACGCUUCAGCUUGUUUCUCGGGGGCAAGAAUUUGCAUGUUUUUACUCUGUGGAUUAUUGAAGAAGGCCCCUAGGAAGUGUGAGUAUGGGGCCCAAAAUGUCUAAGGAUAGUUGAAAUCAAGUAAUCAUGCAUCAGAAGGUGUAGCAAACAACAAGCUUUUUACUAUAAAAAAUGAUACUUUAGUGGCUGCCCUUGUGUAUGUUCUGAAAUAUGGUGUAGUUAGUGAUGAGCUGUAGGCUAUGUUUGUACACAUGCCUGUGUCUUCCAGAAGAACAGAUAACACUGACGCUGAGUGCUGCGUAGCAGGCUGUGCUUGCUGUCUCUUAACACAUGUUUCACCAUGGCAGGCUUCUGGAGAACUUGCUUGUCAUGCCACACACCGCUACAUAUGCCUUUAUGCUCCUGGACAACUGUAUGAUUUGAUGUUGCUACAGUAAUUUAUGAGAAGUGAAAACAUCCUUCAAAAGGGGGGUUGUGACCCUGUCCCUUGUAUGUGGCUGCAUUCUGCGCCAUGGGCAAGAUAAGGUGCUGGCCUGGGCAGGCUCUGGGCAGGCCAGGUUCUGGGAGGUGUGUUGAGGCUGUGUUCCUUUUCUAUUAUUCAGUUACAUGGGGAGUUUGAUCCUGUGCUCCCCUGACUGCUUUUUGUUCUGCUUUUCUGUUGGACCAGGCCACAAGUUGCGUGUGGCUACUGCUGCACCCAUGUGCACCUGUGGAAGAAACCAGCUGCCAAGUCCUGCAGCAGGCUGUGGGGUCAUUGUGGGGCUACUGGGUAACUCCCUGCCAGUGGCAGGCAAGAUGUGAAUGAACGUCUGUUCCUUGCUGGAAUGAAGAAGCACAAGAUGCUUUUGACCUUGUAUAUGAAGUUUUGUAACUGUUUAAGUAUUGUCAUGUGGUAGAAGGAUUAGCUCUAGGUUUCAAUCUGGAGUCCUGUGUGACUUAAGCUUAAUCCUAAAUUACACAUCCAUGUGGGCAGCAGCUGCACUGCUGCACCUUACUGAGGCUGCUAUUCCUUGUGGCAAGUCAGGAUCAGUUUCUCUGAAAUCCAGGCAUAGCUGAGAAGGGGAAGGGAUGUUGGUUUAGGAGCAUGUGACUGCAUAAAUCUGAAGGUGGCAGCAGUUACAAUCUGUAAAAAAAACAAACAAAACUUCUCUAGAUAUAUCAUGUGUGAAGAAAGGCUGCUCUGCAGAACAGCUCUAAAUUAAGUUCAGUUGUGUUGCAGUUAUCCUAUUCAAGUAGAUUCUGAAAACUCUUAAAAUUUGGCUGUAGCUUAUCAGACAUGAUGCUGUUAAAUCCAAGUCAUGAUAAUGCUUUCAAAGAAGAUUCUGACUAGCUGAAACUUUAUCCAAAAACUUUAUCCAAAAAAAGCCGAACCCUGAAAUUACAAGGGAGUUAGUAUGUAAUGUAAUGAGUGCCAGCAGAAAUGUAUUUGCUGGUUCUGUAGAAAGGCUUCCUUCCAACAGGUGUUUAUGAUAGUGUUCUUCAUGUUGCAGUACUUUGAAACAGCAGAUACUCUGCUGCUUCUUGAGCAUUAGUGCUUGUUAAGUCCUGUAUCAUUUUAAUAGACUUAAGUGGUAUUUUAGGUAAAUACAAAUCUGUUUUGUUUGAAUGGUUGGUAAAUCUUGCCUCAUGGCUUCGCCUCUGGGAUGACCUCAUACUCUGAGUUCAGGCAUCCGAAUGCUGUGACCUGAGAUGGUUGAAAACCACUGAGAUGAGGACAGAACAUAAGGACUGGAUGCAGUGUGAACAAAACUGGUUGAGUGUCUGAUAACUCAGUGUAGCUUUGUAUAGAUAACUCCUGGCUUGCGUUUUGUGAACGUUUUGUUGUAAAGUGUUUUGAAAUGUUGAUCCAGAGCGAGAAUUUUCAUUUUCACAUCAUUUCCACAAAGAUGAUCAUGGGGCUGGAGCACCUCCCCUACAAAGACAGGCUGAAGGAGCUGGGCUUGUUUGGCCUGGAGAAAAGAAGGCUGUGGGGUGACCUUUCAGUAUCUAAAGGGAGCCUAUCAACAAGAGGGGAAUCAACUCUUUGAAAGGGUAGAUAACAGCAGCACAAGGGGAAAUGGUUUUAAGUUGAGGGAGGGAAGAUUUAGGUUGAAUGUCAAGUGGAAGUUCCUUACUGAGAGAGUGGUGAGGUGCUGGAACAGGCUGCCCAGAGAGGUUGUGGAUGCCUCGUCCCUGGAGGUGUUCAAGGCCAGAUUGCAUGGGGCCCUGGGCAACCUGGUCUAGUAUUGAAUGUGGAGCUUGGUGGCCCUGCGUAUGGCAGGGGGUUGGAGAUUCACUGAUCCUUGAGGUCCUUUCCAACCCAGGCCAUUCUGUGACUUCUAUCGUGGAGGAUCAUUGGUCUGAUAAGUUUAUUGUGGACUUGUUGUUGCAUGGCUUUCAGUUACCUUGGGCCAAUGUAUGAUGCCCAAUGUGGUAUUAAAGGCCAGCAGUGCUUAUAAUUGUUUGCUGUUCUAGUUGGAAGGACUUCUCCUGUGCAAGUGCUCCCGCCUUCCUUCCUCUCUGCUCCUCAAAAGGGAUAUCUAAUGUAAUUCAGCAGUGCUUCCCAUAACUAGAUAAUCUAGUAAUGGGCGGAUGUUUAAGCUCUUAGCAUCAAUGAGACAAAGCUAGUCUUGGCCUGCAGCAACUUGGUUUUUCCUACUGAGAUAUGCAGAAAGCAGAUGUGGUCUGCUAUGAACAUGAGUGGUCUGUGACUCUAUAAUCGGGACACAGUGUUUAUGCAUCCAUUUUAGUGUUUGAGCCCAAUGCAUAAACUAAGGAUUCUACCACUGCUUUGUCUCUGUGAGUGAAGGAUCACCAUAAUUGGCUUAAGAAAACAACUUUUAUCCUUGUACUUCAGCACCUUAGUUUUGGUGUGUUUUUGUGUGGUCAGUCCGCUGUGAAUUCAUAUGCUGAUACCUCUGCAAGACUGCAGAGGUGACCUUAUGUAAAUGCAUUGAGCAGAUGGUGAGGACUUUGUCCAUUCUGUUAAUGUUUGAUCUCUUUAAUCUUUUCUACUGAUCAGCCUUUUCUGCUCUCUUCCUUCACUGUUUGCUUGUAACUUGCUCAGGAUUCCCAAUUUGAGAUUUGAGUGCAGUCUUAGUAAUGGUAAGCUAGAGAACAAACGCAGAAAAUCUCCUUUGAGUAUCUGAAGUCCAUAUGGCUAUGUAUGAUGAAGACCUUUUGAAAAAUCCCUUUUAUUUGGCCAUUCAGAAGCGACGUCCUGAUCUCUGCAGCAAAGUUGCAGAACUCCAUGGUAUUGUAUUAGUUCCAUGCAAAGGAAGCCUUUCAAGCAACUGUCUUUCCAACUGCCAGUUUGAAUCUUAUGUACUGAAGCCACUAGAAGAAAAUUUUCAGACCUUAAAUGGAAAGGAGAUCUUCAUACAAGCAAAUCUUGUCAUCUUAGGAACUGGUUUUGACGAUCAUCUCUCAGUACCUGUUCUUUUUGAGGAAACAUUUUACAAUGAAAAAGAAGAGAGCUUUAGUAUUUUGUGCAUAGCUCAUCCACUGGAAAAAACAGAAAGCUCAAGUGAAUCUACAGCUUCAUCAAAUCUUUAUUCUCUGAAAAAUAUUGAAGAUGUCAGAGAAUUCUUGGGAAGGCACUGUGAGAGAUUUGAUAAAUACAUAGGAUCUUUCUACCGAACAUUUAAAGAGCACGAACGGAAAAGCCUCCGCCAUUACAUAGAUUCUGUCAGUGCACUUUAUACCAAAUGUCUCCAGCAUCUUCUGAGAGAUUCACACUUGAAGAUGCUUGCGAAGCAAGAAGAGCAGAUGAAUCUGAUUAAACAAGCAGUUGAAAUGUAUGUCCACCAUGCUAUUUAUGAUCUAGUCUUUAAAUAUGUGGGGACUAUUGAGGCAAGUGAGGAUGCUGCUUUUAACAAAAUCACAAGAAGCCUUCAAGAGCUCCAGCAGAAAGACAUUGGAGUAAAACCCGAGUUUAGUUUUAAUAUACCACGUGCGAAGCGAGAACUGAGUCAGCUGAACAAGUGUACUUCCCCUCAACAGAAGUUACUCUGUCUACGAAAAGUGGUACAAAUUAUUAUGCAGUCUCCUAGCCAAAGAGUUAACAUGGAAACCAUGUGUGCAGAUGAUCUACUCUCUGUCUUGCUGUAUUUACUUGUAAAAACAGAAAUCCCAAACUGGAUGGCCAACUUGAGUUACAUCAAGAACUUCAGGCUCUGCAGUUCGGUGAAGGAUGAAUUGGGAUACUGUCUAACCUCAAUUGAGGCUGCAAUAGAAUACAUACGACAAGGCAACCUCUCUGACAGAUCAACAGAAUCUGACAGGCUGUAUGACAAGUUGCUUUUAAAACAAAGGAUGAACUUUUUAUCCCAGAUGUCUACUACUCCAAUAGAUUGCUUAUUUAAGCAUAUUGCUUCAGGUAAUCAGGAGGAAGUGGAGCGAUUACUAAGUCAAGGUGACAGUGAUAAGGACACUGUACAAAAAAUGUGUCAUCCGCUCUGUUACUGUGACAAAUGUGAGAAGCUAGUUUCUGGGAAACUGAAUGAUCCUUCAAUUGUCACUGCAUUUUCCCGAGAUGACCGGGGAUAUACGCCACUCCAUAUAGCUGCUAUUUGUGGGCAAACAUCAUUAGUGGAUUUACUAAUAGCCAAAGGAGCCAUUGUCAAUGCUACAGAUUACCACGGUUCAACUCCACUUCACCUUGCCUGUCAGAAGGGAUAUCAAAACGUUACACUUCUCUUAUUGCACUAUAAGGCAAGUACUGAUGUUCAGGACAAUAAUGGGAAUACUCCACUUCAUUUAGCCUGCACUUAUGGUCAUGAGGAUUGCGUUAAAGCAUUAGUCUACUAUGAUGUGCAUUCCUGUAGACUAGAUAUUGGAAAUGAAAAGGGAGAUACUCCUCUCCAUAUAGCUGCUCGUUGGGGUUAUCAAGGGAUCAUAGAAGUGCUUUUGCAAAAUGGGGCAAAUCCAAAUACUCAAAACCGGAUGAAAGAGACUUCGCUACAGUGUGCAUUAAAUUCCAAGAUUUUGUCACUGAUGGAAUUAAACUAUCUAACCUUUGAGCGGGGACAGAGUGCUUCUGAGUCACCACUUAGGUCUCCUCAGCACUCAACAGAAACUUUCAGCAGAGGAUCAUCUGUCUCUAGUUUGUCAUCAGCAUCAAUUGAUGUAAGGCAAGAUGAAGUGAAGAACAGUUAUAAAGAGGUGGAAAAACUCCUAAGAGCAGUUGCUGAUGGAGAUCUGGAAAUGGUACGUUAUCUCUUGGAAUGGACAGAAGAAGACUUAGAAGAUGAAGAUGAUGCAGUCAGUACAUUGAAACCAGAAUUCUGCCAUCCAUUAUGCCAGUGCUCGAAAUGUGGGCCAGCACAAAAGAAAUUUGCAAGGGUCCCUGCUAAUGGCCUUGGUGUAAAUGUAUCAAAUCAAGAUGGUUUUACACCAUUGCAUAUGGCUGCACUGCAUGGACACUCUGACCUCGUCUCUCUCUUGUUGAAACAUGGAGCCAGUAUCAGUGCCAAGAAUGCAGAACAUGCAGUGCCUCUUCAUUUAGCCUGCCAGAAAGGUCACUCCCAGGUGGUAGAAUGUCUAAUGAAUUAUAGUGCUAAACAAAAUAAAAAGGAUGCAUAUGGAAAUACUCCUUUAAUUUAUGCAUGCUUGAAUGGUCACUAUGAGACUACUGCCUUGUUGUUACAGCAUGGAGCUUCUGUUAACCUUUCUAAUGCCAAAGGAAAUACAGCACUGCAUGAGGCUGUGAUAGGGAAGAAUGAAGCCCUGGUGGACUUGUUGCUGCAGAAUGGUGCGAUGACACACAUACAGAAUGAAAGGAACUGUACCCCUGCAGACUGUGCUGAGCCGAAUUCAAAUAUCAUUAAGUUGCUGGAAACAGCAGCAAGCUGUGUACCUGCAUCAGCAGAGGAAGAAAAGGAACGUGAGCAGCAUGCUACUAUCAAGAUAAGAAGAAAAGUGAACGAGCCACGAGAGAAAGCUGAUGAUCCCAUGAACAGACAACAUCAACUCGUCCAAUCAAUUAACAGAUUUAACAAAGCAAAACAUUUACGGAGAACAAUAACAAGAGAUAAAAGCGUCCCCAAUUUUGACUAUCAGUUCUUGCACCAGUUAGCUAUUAAAGGCUUUGAUAAAACCAAGUUAAAAUCUGUUGAAACACUGGACCAGAACAAAGCAAAGAUUACUGACGCAGAAUGCAGUGGUGAAUUUAUGAAACAUGAUGACAUGAUAGAAACUCCUUGUAGGAGUAAAUUAAUGCACCGGAGACACACUGUUAAUGUUCCGCUUUCAGCAGAGAGUGUCAGUGGUAAUAGUUUAUCCAGCCCUGGAAGCCCAAGUAUUUCACAAUCGAGAGACUGCUGUGAUGACUUGCUUUCCAAACAUUGACAAAGAAGCGCAGAUGUGAUGUCAAAAGCUUUGGAACUAGGUGGUGUGGAUUUCAGUAUCCCUUUGCUGCAUAUCAAAGAACUCGGUGACGCUUGCAAGCUAUGCCUUCAGAAGAGAAUACAGGGAUAACUCUUCAGCAGAAACAGAAUGUUCCUAGAACUUUUGAAGACUGAAUGUCUUGGAGGUAACUACAGAGCCAGAUCGUUGCUGAUGUUAACAAACAGGGAAGUACUGACGUAUGUAGGCAGUAAAGUUACCUUCAUGUUCUACGUAGCACUUACUAAAAAAUCAUAUAUAACAGUAAACCAGACCAAACCCUGUAUUGUAUUUUUUCAGCCAUCCACUUUGUUUUUAAAGUCUUUGAAUAAUUUUCGCAUUUUUGGUUUUUACCACUACAAUGGAUAAAUAUAUACAAAUAUAUAUAUAUUUAUAUAUACAUAAAGAUAUAUUGGAUAACAAGCUAUUUAUUGACAGAGGUAAUUGAAAUGUCUAUUUUUAUUCGAAUAUUACAAACUGUUAUAGCAUAAAUUUUUCUGUAUAUUUCAGUAGCUGAGAAAACAGUAGUCCAUCGGUGACACCAUGUUAGACAUAUAUACAUGCUAAUAAUAUGAAGGGAACUAAUCUUUGCUAGUUUCUUAGUAAUGCUCCUCUGUAUCUACAACAUCAAUUUCUUUUUAGGAGUCAAGACAGUGGGGAGAAGUAGAGAGCCCCUGCAAAGCUAAAGUGUAAACUCAGUGUUCAGCCUGAUUAAUAAAAACGCAGAAGCAAGAGUGCGUAAGGACACACAAAAUUGUUUUAAGGUUUGUUUUUUUUCUUCCUCUAAAGCUAGCCAUUCAAAAAGUGCACGAAUAUUCGUGAUUCUGAACCUGGGCGACAUCUGCAGGCAAAACCACUGCUUGAGAGCCUGAACCCAGACUGUUACUUAAAGUGAACUUCCAUGAACUUCCAUUUCUGAAAGGUACCCCUCACAUCAGUUGGCUUUUGUUGGAAUAGAUCAUUCCCAGAGGUGAUCACUGAAGACCAAAAGCUCACAAGUAACUGAGAUGGUUGCUUAGAUUUGGAUUUUGUUUUCUACUGUUUUGGUUACGGUAGUAAAACAUGUACAUAGCACAAGCCAGGUUUCUAAGUGCAGUAUUUUUUUAUCCAUGGCUCACCACAUCCAGCUUUCAUUUUAUUUGUAUGAAUAAUUCUGUUCCUUUUAAUUGCAGUAUUAGUAAACUGCCUGGCAAAGUAGAAAGCUGGAGGACAUGCUGGUGAUUUUUUCAAGUAACUUUUUAAUCUAAGAGGUAAAAUUUGCUGCAAAUGCACGUUUAGACAUUUGGAGUUGAGGAUCUUGUGUUUAUUUUUCUAAUAAUUUAUGAGUUUAUCUGACUUUUCUAAUGUGCCUUGGAUUUGUGCCAAAAGAUGGAAAGAAAAAGCUAGUAAAGUAAUUCUUGAAAGUGCUGUUUUCUUUGAGUGCUUAUUUAAAGCAUUGCGUCUUUUUGUGGAUUUACUUGUUUUUGUAGACAUCUGAAGAGUUCACCUUGUAUCUGUGUAAAUUGAGGGGAUCUGUUGGAAUUUAGUCCCGUUCAAUAGGAGUUUCUUCCCUUUUCUGCUCUGCAUUCGCAGAUUGCUAUUAGUAGGUUGUGUGGUUUGGGAUUUCAGGCAUAUAAAUGUUAAAUACAGAAUUAUCUGUGAAACUGGACAUUUUCACUUUUAAGUUCCUUCUUCAUUUAAAAAAAGGUGGGAUUGAUCUUAACUACAGCAAGCCAGAAGAGCAAGUGGAGAGAUGAACCAGAUGAACUAGUUACUUUUUUCUUCCUGCAACACUGCAAGGUUGUCCUAGAGCACGUUGCUCAUCCCUGCCUGUCAUGUUCUUGAAAUAUCUAAAGAUUCAUUGUAAAGUUAAAGAUAGAAUUAAAUUUCAUAGAUCUGAUUUCCAAACUAAAUACUGAGAAUUUAGCUUAUGUCUUAAUUACAGUAUGUGUUUUACCUAAAUUAUGAUAAGAUUUCUAGACAGUCUGAAUGAGAAAAAUCAUCUCCAUAGUUUUUUAAUACUGGUGCUACUAUGCUACAGUGUGUAAGUGCAGAAUAUUAGAGUUGAGUAGCUGUGGAAACAAGUUCUGAGUGAGUUUAUUAAAUACCUUUGAAAUAAGUAUCAGCAGAUGUGAACUCUGAAUUUAGUUUGUUUUUUUAUUAAAAACCAAUUUUGACUGCAACGGGUUAUGGAAAACAAAUUGUUCACUGCUGUUCUAUUUGAAGCAUAAAGUGUUCCAUUGUAUUCUAUGCGAGCAGUGAAAGAGCUGCAACAUCUUGAUACAAAUGACUAUGUAAUUAUUUGGUUAAUUUCACUUUUAAAAUUUAGUCUGUUUGAUGGACAAGUAGACAUCUCCCUGCUGUACAGAGACGUCCUGCACUACCUCAGCAAGGCUGGAAGUUCUAGUCACCAGGGGAGUUGACUAGAUGACCUUUAAAGAUCCCUUCCAACUCAAAUGAUUCUAUGAUCUUAAACUGGCUUUUUGUAAGCAGCUAUACACAGCAGAGAAACAGUCCACAAUUAAGCAGUCCCUAAGCACAGAUGUAGGAACAGCGAUGCCCUGAAGUGCCACAUAUUGGCAUAUCUAUUUGCUGCUGUUAUGUCUGUGGGUAGUGCCAGGUGCUACUGAGACUGUGCACAAGUGUAGAACAUGAAGCACAACUACAGUUAUACCAAUACGAGGAGAUGGGCUGAUUAGGAAAAGCACUCUUCAUUUUACAGGAACUGGCCAAGUGUUAUAGUAGUGCUUGCCUUUGGAAAACGCUUUCCUCUUGAAUGAAUUAUAAAAUUUCCCCCCCAAAAAACCCACAAAACCAAAAGUAGCUUCAUUAACUUGAGUUUUCUGUUGUUGUUCUAUCUGAACAGUUGUCCUGUUGAACCCAAACCUACUUAAGUGACCAAACCAUGCUUCACUUUUACUUCAGCAUUCAGUCUAGGAUAAAGCUUACUUCCAGGCAUUUUGGAUUUUUAUGUAUCAAAGCACUUAAAUCCUGACCAGUUCCAAAUAACAUCUAACAAAUGAUUUAGGUAAGUGAAAGAUUCCUCUGAUGUGCUUGACCAAGCUUAUCAUUAAAGAAAUAUACUAAUUUUCUAAGACAUGAU